UGUCUCAAUCUCAGCAACUACCAUGUCCAGCUGUUGUUUCAGCUUCACUGCUUCCCGCAACCGCUGCUAUCGCAACUCCUUUUCCUCCGCCGGCCUCAAAUCCACAACCACCGACCUCGGCGACGGAACACUCAUGCACUGCUGGGUCCCCAAAUCCCAAAACCAAUCAAAGCCUUCCCUUCUUCUCAUCCAUGGCUUCGGAGCCAACGCAAUGUGGCAGUGGAAUCACUUCCUCCCUUCUCUCAUUCCCCGAUUCAACGUCUACGUCCCGGACCUCCUCUUCUUCGGCGACUCCUUCACCACCCGCCCCGAAAGAUCCGAGUCCUUCCAGGCUCGCUGCCUCAUGGGCCUCAUGGAAGCCCACGGGGUCAGCAAGAUGAGCGCCGCCGGGAUAAGCUACGGCGGCUUCGUGCUGUACAGCAUGGCGGCUCAGUUCCCUGAGAGGAUUGAAAAGGUGGUUCUGUGUUGUGCUGGUGUUUGCUUUGAAGAGAAGGACGUUGAUGGCGGGAUCUCCAAGUUGAAGAGCGUUGACGAGGCUGUGUCUCUUCUGAUUCCUCAGAACCCUCAGAAGAUGAAGGAGCUCGUCAGGCUUACCUUCGUUAAGCCUAUCAAGCUCAUGCCCUCAUGUUUCCUCAAUGAUUUCAUUCGUGUGAUGUGUUCCAACCGCAUCCAGAGGAAAGAACUACUCGAAGCAUUAAUUAAGGGUAGAAAACUCUCUGAUCUUCCUAAGAUAUCCCAGCCUACACUAAUAAUAUGGGGAGAGCAGGACCAAUUAUUCCCUCUGGAGUUAGCACACAGACUGAAAAGUCACGUGGGAGAGAAUGCAGAACUAGUGGUAAUCAAGAAUGCAGGGCAUGCAGUGAAUGUAGAGAAGCCCAAGGAGAUGGCCAAGAAUAUAAAUUCAUUCCUCAUUAAUCCUACUGCCCCGUCUAAACAAGAAAACCAAAGCAAUGGUUCCAAGGUGGAUUAGAAAUUCUCUUCGGCAUUAUGGAUAUCACUCUCAGAAUUGUUUAUGUAUUUGCCCUGUAUAUUCUUUUCAACUUGUGCUUGGUGUCUACUAUGCUAUGGACGCACUAGAUUUUAUGUCAAAGAAAUACAAAUCUUCUUGUAAUGGGGAUAGUAGUGACUAGUGAGUGGUCACAGAGAUCGUGUACUUUUCAUACUGCUUCUGUAUAUACGCAGCCUGGCCGGCGGUGGAAGAGAAUAGAAUGAAAUAUAGAAUGUAUACCAUUUUUUAUUUUUA